CCCAGGUGCAUUGUCCGGCGGGGCCCUUCCCCCUGUCCCCGGGGUCGCCCUAGCGAUCGCAGCGUGUCCCUCCGCCAGCAGCGCCGACCUCGCCGUGCGGGGCCCAGGGGCCAGAUGUAGAAAGUAGUCCCCGGCCGGCCAGGCUGUCCACUACGCCGCCCUCUGCAGCCUCCCUCCGCCCCGGGCUGGACUCGACGCGCGUGGUCCCCGCGGCCUGGCGCGCGCGCGCGGGGGUCCGUGCGCCUGCAAGCGGCGCGUCGCCUCGCUACGCCGGAGCAGCGGGUGCAGCAGGAGCUGCGGGUUCAGAAGAGCAGCGGGAGCAGCGGGCGCGGGCGCACGGCCCGGGAGUAUGCCCGCGCAGCCCCGCUGAAUGGCGCCUCCCGUGCGCCCGGGGAUGCCGCCCCUGCUGCUGCUGUUGCUGCUGCUGCCGCCGCUCGGCUGGGUUCCAGGAGUGUGGGGCUUUAGUGAACUGUUUUUCAUGAAAGAACCACAGGAUGUAACUGUCAUGAGGAAAGACCCGGUCUUUUUAGAUUGUCAGGCUCACGGAGAGGGUCCUGUGAAGGUCACGUGGUUGAAAAAUGGAGCAAAACUGUCUGAAAAUAAAAGGAUCCAGGUUCUAUCCAACGGCUCUUUGUACAUCCGUGAGGUGGAAGGCCGGCGAGGAGAGCAUUCGGAUGAAGGAUUUUAUCAGUGCUUGGCAGUGAACAAAUACGGGGCCAUUCUCAGUCAGAAAGCUCAUCUGACAUUGUCAACUAUUUCUGCGUUUGAAGUCCAUCCAGUUUCUACAGAAGUCCACGAAGGGGGAGUUGCUAGAUUUUCUUGCAAGAUUUCAUCAACGCCCCCUGCAGUCAUUACGUGGGAGUUUAAUAGGACAGCCCUGCCUGUAACCAUGGACAGGGUGACUGCCCUGCCGUCAGGAGUGUUGCAGAUCUAUGAUGCUGGCCCGGAGGAUGCUGGGAAUUACCGCUGUGUUGCUGCAACCAUAGCUCAUAAACGUAAAAGCAUGGAGGCCUCUCUAACCAUAAUUCCAGCUAAUGAAUCAAGAGCCUUCUAUAUGCCAACCAUUGUAGCGGGGCCGCAGAAUGUGACUGUGUCGUUACAUCAGACAGCCGUUCUAGAGUGUAUGGCCACAGGAUAUCCCAAACCCAUCAUUUCCUGGAGCCGGCUCGAUCACAAGUCCAUUGAUGUCUUUAACACCCGGGUCCUUGGAAAUGGCAACCUCAUAAUAUCCAAUGUCAAGCAGCAGCACACUGGAGUAUAUGUUUGCCGGGCCACCACCCCUGGCACACGCAACUUCACAGUUGCUAUGGCAACUUUAACCGUAUUAGCGCCUCCUUCAUUUGUUGAAUGGCCUGAAAGUUUAACAAGACCACGAGCUGGCACUGCACGGUUUGUGUGUCAGGCAGAGGGAACUCCCUCACCCAAAAUGUCCUGGUUGAAAAAUGGGAGACGGAUACAUUCUAAUGGCAGAAUUAAAAUGUACAACAGCAAAUUGGUGAUUAACCAGAUUAUCCCAGAAGAUGAUGCUUUUUAUCAGUGCAUGGCCGAAAACAGCCAAGGAUCUGUUCUGUCUCGAGCCAGACUGACCGUGGUCAUGUCAGAAGAUAGGCCCAGUGCUCCAUACAAUGUCCAUGCUGAAACCAUGUCGAGCUCUGCCAUCCUUCUAGCUUGGGAGAGGCCGCUAUACAACUCAGACAAGGUCAUUGCCUACUCUGUGCACUACAUGAAGGCCGAAGGUUUAAAUAACGAGGAGUAUCAGGUGGUCCUUGGGAAUGACACAACUCAUUACAUCAUCGAUGACCUAGAGCCUGCCAGCAACUACACUUUCUACAUCGUGGCGUACAUGCCAAUGGGAGCCAGCCAGAUGUCGGACCAUGUGACCCAGAACACUCUAGAAGAUGUGCCCCUAAGGCCUCCUGAAAUUAGCUUGACGAGCCGAAGUCCCACCGACAUUCUCGUCUCCUGGCUGCCAAUCCCUGCCAAAUACCGGCGCGGCCAAGUGGUGCUGUAUCGGCUGUCCUUCCGCCUGAGCACUGAGAAUGCCAUCCAAGUUGUGGAACUCCCGGGGACUGUGCAUGAGUACCUCCUGGAAGGCCUGAAGCCUGAUAGCGUCUACCUGGUCCGGAUUACAGCUGCUACCCGCGUGGGGCUGGGAGAGUCAUCCGUGUGGACCUCACACAGAACGCCCAAAGCCACGAGCGUAAAAGCCCCUAAGUCUCCUGAGCUGCAUUUGGAACCCCUGAACUGCACUACCAUCUCCGUGAGGUGGCUGCGAGACACUGAGGACCCAGCCAUCAUUCAGGGCUACAAGCUCUUUUAUAAAGAGGAAGGGCAGCAGGAGAAUGGACCUAUCUUCCUAGACACCGGUGACCUGUUCUAUACGCUCAGCGGCUUGGAUCCCAGAAGAAAAUACCACGUGAGGCUGCUGGCGUACAACAACAUGGAAGAUGGCUACCAGGCUGACCAGACAGUCAGCACUCCCGGAUGCGUGUCUGUUCGCGACCGCAUGGUCCCUCCGCCGCCGCCACCCCACCGUCUCUGUGCGAAGGCUAACACCUCUUCUUCCAUCUUCCUGCACUGGAGGAGGCCUGCCUUCACCACGGCCCAAGUCAUUAACUACACCGUCCGCUGUAACCCUGUUGGCCUGCAGAACGCCUCUCUGGUUCUCUACCUGCAAACAUCAGAGACCCACAUGCUGGUUCAGGGACUGGAACCAAACACCAAGUAUGAAUUUGCUGUCCGGCUGCAUGUGGAUCAGAGCUCCAGUCCCUGGAGUCCCGUGGUCUACCAUUCCACACUCCCAGAAGCACCCACGGGCCCCCCAGUGGGGGUGAAGGUGACACUUAUAGAAGAUGGCACCGCCCUUGUCUCCUGGAAACCCCCAGACGGCCCAGAGACAGUUGUGACACGCUACACCAUCCUGUACGCUUCCAGGAAGGCCUGGAUUGCGGGCGAGUGGCAGGUCCUGCACCGAGAAGGUGAGUGUGACCGGAUUACCAAGGACGAUGACUGCAAGUUAUCAGUGUCACAGGGAGACCAAGGGAGUAAACAUGCCAUGUUUCUAGUUUAUGCAGGUUAUUACCAUCUGGACCAGAAGUCAAUGACGGGUAUCGCAGUAGGCGUUGGCAUAGCCUUGACCUGCAUCCUCAUCUGCGUUCUCAUCUUGAUAUACCGAAGCAAAGCCAGGAAGUCAUCUGCCUCCAAGACAACACAGAAUGGAACCCAGCCCUUAUCCCGAGCCAGCGCCUCUGUAGCCGCGGGGAGUGACGUGGGGAAGAACCUGGAGAGAGCUUCAGAGAAUGAAGAGUCCCUGGUACCCAUGAUGCCGAGCAGCUUCAUUGAUGCGAAGGGAGGAACUGACCUGAUCAUCAACAGCUAUGGUCCUAUAGUUAAAAACAACACCAAGAAAAAGUGGCUUUUUUUCCAAGACACUAAGAAAAUGAAAGUUGAGCAGACUCCAAGAAGAUUCACCCAGCCCGUGUGCUUUUACCAGCCAGGCACCACUGUGCUGAUCAGCGAGGAAGACUCCCCCAGUUCCCCAGGCCAGACCGCCAGCUUCCCAAGACCCUUUGGGGUUGCCCUUGAUGCUGAGCAUUCGGCCAACAGUGAAGGCAGCCACGAGACGGGGGAUUCUGGAAGGUUCUCCCACGAGUCCAAUGAUGAGAUCCACCUGUCCUCGGUCAUCAGUGGCACACCCCCCACCUCGAAUUCUCUCGCCGGUGACGAUUCUGAUGGAGAUGGUGCCGUGAAGAAGCGCGGAGACCCUGCAGAGCCCUUGCCAGCCGAGCAGACCUCCUCCUUGGCCCCACAGCCACCGGAGUCCUCGGGGCCGUGCUUUGCAGCCGAGGGGUUUCCCAUCUAGACAGCUAUGCUCAGGGAUUCACAACAAGCGUCUGUUCGAAGGACAAUGAACAGGGAGCCAAAGCCUUUUGUGAAAAUCUUGAUGUCUUACUGUUUAUUGUUUUUUUUUUUAUCUUUUAAAAAUAUUUUUUAAUUAUUUUUAAGCGCACGAAUUUUGAAUGUUUCAAUUGUCAACAAUGUGAAAAAAGGGCAGUCAGGAUGCCUGACUGGGUUCUAAGAUGUAUCACUGGAGCGGAGGGAAGACUGCCCGAGCCCUCUGCUGAAUAGCUACCUCAGUUUGCUUUGGCGGACUCUGAAGAACUGUGCUGCCUCCUCCUGCGCUGGCUUCUCGCAGUGGCGUAGCCAGCAGGACUUCCUAGUGACGCCGCCGUGUGUCCGUUGUGUGUGUAAUGUGUGUGACUGAGGAGUCCGAUGGCAAGACGAGGAAGAAUGUUGAUCUGAAGCUCUGUUUUUUGGUUUUUCUUUUUCUUUUUUUUCUUUUAGAGCUGUAACACCUGCAUGAUUUGGAUAAUGUUGUGACCUCUUGCUGUGAGGAGAAAAUACGGGACUAUAUUUAUUUGAAUGGAUGAAACAAAGAUGUCUCCUUGGAGAAGCAAACCAUUCCGUAGCACAUAGGGAUCAUAUCCUUGCCAGGCUGUUGGGAUUGGAACACCAGAGCAGGAAUCCUUCGCUCCAGCCCACACCAGCCUGCCUUCAGCCACCUUCUCUUUGGCCCCACAGUUGGUUAAGGGCUGCGCUGUCUCUUUUGCAGAACAACUUCAGAGUUUCCGAGCUAGCUGCAAAACACAAUGUAGAAAAGUGGAAUUUUUUUUUUUUAAUGGUUCAGUCGGGCGGUGGUGGCGCACGCCUUUAAUCCCAGCACUCGGGAGGUUGAGACAGGUGGAUCUCUGUGAGUUCGAGGCCAGCCUGGUCUACAAGAGCUAGUUCCAGGACAGGCUCCAAAAGCUACAGAGAAACCCAGUCUCGAAGAAAAAAAAAAAAGUCCCAGUUUGGCUUCAAAUGGGGCGAAGAAAUGUCAUGAAGUAUUAAGAAUGAAGCAGUAGAAAAUAAGAUGAACUUGAGGUUUUUGUAAUAGCAGUGCCUUCCAGGAUAUUAUUAUGAAAAAUUUUGCCUUAUACCUUUUUAAUAUUCAUGAAGAUGUUUAGGAAAAAGGGUACCAAAAAUUUGCCUUAACAAAGCUUGGCUCUCACAGAUAGCUCUAACGUUAUCUGGCACCUUGUUAGCAUUGUUUUCCUUUGGAAGCGCAGGUUGGCCCCGGGGCUGUUGUGCCACACCAACCCUGUGGCUGACCUCUUGGCUUUCUGUCCCACUAACUCCAGGAGUGAGUUCAUCCUCUCCCUGGUUUGAAGUCAGCAAACCCUUAGAGCAGGCCUUCUCAGCCAUGAGGAACAAGUCCUGUGCUGAGCCUCAUGGGAGGGAGAGAAAAAAGAGAUGUCUUUAGCCUUUCAGAAUCAUGGGGUUCAUCCUCCCCCACGUUUUUGGAAAUGGAUUCUGAGUUUUAUUUUCAAAGAAGGCCCCUCUGUGGGUUUUCCCCUUGAAACCCUCCCAGCACAGAUGGGACAGGUCCUGCCAAAUGGAGCCCUAAAGUCAAGGGACCUGCUGGAUAAUCACCACGCUCUCAACUCCCUUGAUGGCCCUGCCGUGUGAUUCUAAGGUUUGUGCCAAAUCGGGCAUGCUUAGAACCCGACCCACGGCUGCCACUUCUGAGCGCAGUCCUGUCCCUUUCACUGUGGGCUUUUUGAGCAAAAUGGGAAAAGAAAAAAAAAAGAAAGAAAAAAGCAGAGCUUUAGGUAAAUGAUGGGAGGCUAGAAAAAGGGCUUCCCGUGCCUUCACACUCCUGUUUAUACUACCUCUCUUUAAAGUUAUUCUAGUGUUAUUGUUCUUUCCUGUACUCAGGGAAUUUUGUUGUGUUUUGUCUUGUUUUUGUUUCUCUUGAGCUCAUGACGCAUGGGCGGGCGCACUGACAGGGUAUGGUGUUGUUUGGUUCGUAGUUAAGUAUGUGGGCCAACGUCUAUCAGUAUCUAAAAUGAAGAGUAUGGUGGGAGCGGUUGUUUUCAAUCUUCAAAAGCAAACAAAAUGUCAAGGUGAUGCUUCAGGUUGAGGGCCAUGUGCAUUUGAACUGUGUUCUCUGCCUGGGUCCUCUGAAAGGGUCCGAGGGGAUGCUGUCCCAGAAGAACGUGCCCUGUGUUUUGAUGAAUCGGCCCUUAGUUACAGUAGACUUUUAGCUUAUAGCUAUUUGCUAGUUCAUUUUUUUAGCCUUUUCAUUCUAUUGUUAUGCAGACUUUUCUGUCACAAUCCUGCUACCAAAGAAUUUCCAGUAGAAAAAUGAAAUUUCUAUUAUAAUUACCCUAAAUCCAAUUCACUAGAAACAGCUAUAAAUAGCCUCAAUUUCAAGUAAUUUCUAACCCUGAACUGUAGGGUUUAUAUUGAUAGUUACAGAUAAUUAGACUAGUGAUAUUAACUACCUUACUGUCUCCAGAGUGUUUAAAAAUAAGUUGUGAUUUCCUUGCCAACAGAUGGUUACAAAGUAUUUCGACUGUAGCUUUUUUUUCCUUCAGCAAGCGAAGAAAUCUUUAACUCUAUAGUAUUAAUGUAUCUUCAAAUUUUUGAAAUUGCUUGUUGGAGGGGGAAAAAAACAAAUCUUAUCACUAAGAAUAAAUAUUUUGAUCUCAUGGAAUAAGGUAUUUUAUGUUAAACAGAGGCUUUUGGCUUGGUGAAAGCAAGCUUCUGUGAAGUCUGAAGUACGAAAUUCUAACUAAAAUAUUAAGGUUAUCAUUUCUGUCUUAUGGUACCAUUACUUCAUCAUAUUUCAACUCUAGAUAGGCUGGUAUGCAAACUGGUCACUUUCAUUUUCUAGAGACAUAUUUGCUAGAAGUACUGAUAACCUGCCUGUCAUUUUUAAUGUCAGAUAUUACAGUAUAUUGCUCAUCAGUAUUUUCAUACCAAAGACCAUUAAAGUAUAUCAUUUAGCCUGUAAGUAACGAUGAGCAGAUUUAAAAUAAAUUUAUUUAGGAGCAGAUAGGGAAUCUAGCUUUAGUGGCAAAAAGAAAAGACGAAAAGCUAAGUUUACAUAGUUAAAGGCAAUACAGUUAUAUUGGUAUUUAUCAGUGUUUUUAUUCGAGUACUUUAUAUCAGCAAAUUAAAAAGAAAUUAAAAACCAAAGAUAUUUAAGGUUACCUCCGAAUAUAGAGAAAUUUAGCUGUACAUUGAACUCUUAUUUGUUGUUUUGUGUGUUAAUGAAGCAUCUCUCCAGACCCUCUCCUCUGUGUCCAGAUUUUCAGUGAAAUCCACUAGAUCAGCCAUGGGGAUAUUUUUGAUAAAUGGUGCUGUGCCUCUUCCGUAAGGCCCCGUGAGUGUGACGGUCACCAGCUAGAACAUCAGGCUCCUCUGUCCCUGGGUACGUGGGAGCCCCUAAAUCCUCCGUAUAGUCUGCAUUCCUACGUAAAGUCAUUCUCUGGUUAUUCAGGCAGCUGGAGUAGGGCAAAUGAAACGAGCCACUGUUUGGGUGGGCGGCGCUUUGAGUUAAAAUGGGGUUUCUAAAUUAUAAGGUUUUCAUUGCACCAAAGGAGCUGAGCUUAAUCUCGAAUGGAAACCUGGGUGAAGAGGAUGACCUUUUUUUUUUUUAAUGUAGAAUCUAGAGAUUUAUAAAAAGACAUAUUUAUCUAUUAAAUAAUGUUUUGAAAAGUACCAAGAGUGUAGAUGCUGGUGACAUGUUACAGGCUUUCUUGCCAUUACCUCAAACAGAAGCCCCACCAGCAACGCGGCAGUGACUUUGUGUGCAUCAUGUCUGCUUUCUGGGGGGCUUCUGGAAAAAAAAAAUUAAAAAAGGCUCAUGGCCGACGACUCAGGAGCACUGCUGACGUCCUUAGGAAGACACCAUUGGAAAGAGUUCUUUGUGUCCUCCAAAGCGAGCAUGGCAGCAUGGUGCACUCCUUUGAUCAAUCGCAGUGCGCAGAUAUCUGAGGUCCAGUCCUGCCUGCUGUGUGUAGCGAAACAAGGCGAGGGGUGCCAUUCCAGAAACCUUACCACCCGUGGGUCGGUCAGUGACUGUUGUGACCGAUUCGCUUCUGUACACUUGCAUAGCAGGUGUCCGUUUCGAAUACCAGAUGUGGGGGGACAAAAGUUUGAACUGUAUUGUCAAAAGCUGUCAUUUUUCUGAGGCCAACCAUGUGUUUUGCAUAUUUUCUGCCUGGACAUUUACUACGUGCGUCUCUGAUAAAACUGCUUUGGUUGAAGUCAAAAAUCACCCCUGCGAUCUGUGAGCGCAGAGCGGCGGGUUCUGGAGACCGCCAUGCACAGCCGUUCUUCUGAUUGUGGAUUUUAUUGAUGUUUAGAAGGCAGCCGUAGGUUCUGUGCUGGGUUGCUUAUGCUCAGGAUGUGAGUUCCCAGGCUAAUGCAAUGUGUGUGUUACCGGCUUUUCUACCAGGUGGGUUCUGUGCCGCUUUCCCGGCAAACCAUCACCAAUUUAGUGUCCGUAAGCAGCAGCGCCUAAGUAUCUUACAACUCUGCGGGUCAAAACUCUUUUCCUUUUUGAGGAAGUUUUUUUUUUUUGCUCUGAAAUUCUGCCAUCCUGGAACUUGCUAUGGAAGCCAGACCGGCUUUGAACUGGUAGCGCUCCUCCUGCCUCAUACUCCCCAGAUGACAGGUGUGGGCCAUCGGCCCAGUUAUAGGAUAAUAAGAGGCUGCCAAGGGGGCUGCCUUCCCCCUGGGAGCCAAGAGAAGAAGCCGGUGGUCUUGUCUUCAGCUUUUAAAGACUGUGAACUCAUUUUUCUUCAAAACCAGCAACAUAGCCCCUCUCCUUCUCUUUUUCUGACCCCAAGAAAGAAAGAUUCUUUGGUUCUGAGUAUUCAUUUGGUUAGAUUAUUCUGGCCUUCUUCGUCCAAAAUGAUGUCCUUAGUUUCUUCUGUCAUGUAUUGUAGGAUUCUCACAGGUUCUGGGGGUUCCUCUGUAGACUUCUGAGUGGCCAUUGUUUUCCUACUACAGAUCCGUCAAUUCUGCAGAAUUCCUCUCAGCAGCACGGUACUAGGUUUUCAAGAUACAGCAAAUCUGAUGUCCCUUUCCCCUGGAAGCACCUUUAAAAUGUCAAAGACUGGAAAAAAUAGGCCCUGUAGUUUGUUCAAAGUGCAUUAAAAUCUGUCUCUAAAACCCCUUCAAAGCCAAUUCAACUUUUUUUUCUUUCUUUCUUUCUUUCUUUCUUUCUUUCCUUCUUUCUUUUUCUUUUUUUUUUUUUUUUUAAGUGGGGGAUUUGAGGCAGGGUUUCUUUGUAUAGCCCUGGUUGUCCUGGUACUCGCUCUGUAGACCAGGCUGGCCUGAACUCAGAGAUUCACCAGCCUCUACCUCCCAAAUGCUGGGAUUAAAGGCAUAUGCUACCGUCGCCUGACUCCCAACUCCACUCCAGAUCUUAUCUAUGUUUUCAGAGGGGAAAAAUCUCUUAAAUAUUUGCCUCCAACCAUGUUGGAUUCAUCAGAAAGUUUUGGAAACCUUUUUUUCUCUCUUCAAAUGAUAAUACUUGAGCAGGGCUGAGGAAAGGACUCAACACUUAAGGGAUCUUGGAGAGAUGAGCAAGACAGGGCAGAGUCACCCUUUGCUUUCUUUCUAAACACACUGAUACGUACUGCCUUGCAGCCUGGUUUCUGCCUUCACUUAAACAGUGACGGAUUUUCGACCUUCUAAUUGGUCAGCUCUGAAGCUCCCCGUGGCCCUUGCCUCGCCUCACUCCGUCAGCACGUGUAGUUCCUAGGAUGCGCUGAACUUUUCCACCUGCUUCAUCUUCUAGUUGUUCUUUUCCUGGAUGUUUUAGACCCCAAAGCUCUAGUUCGUUCUAAUGUCUGAUUAUCUCAAGCUGGCCUCCUUUCAGUUUUGAAGAAUGACUUCAAAUUCUACCCUGACUGAUAUUUGGGAUUUCUUUAGCAGAGGGAGAAAGCUGUUUCCAUUCACAGGAUGCUAACCAGGAGGAGAAGCUCAAUACAGAAAAGCUAAGUGUCUUGCACACAGCCUCUGAGCGCCGAGAUUAAAGGUGUUACCAUCCUCCCAACCUCAUCUUCAUUUCUAACAAAUGCACUCUUUCCUUGUUUGCAUCAGCCAGCUUCGCUCCAUCGAUGGCCUGCAGAGUUUUCCUCAAGUUUCUGAUAAAUACAUUCUUGACUUAAACCUUGAGAAAGAAUGUUUCUUUUCCUACUGAACUCUCUUAAAAAAAAAAAAAAAAAGCAAAGCUACUCUUCUGCUGUCAUAGAGUUUCUUAUUUGCCACAUUCUGUGUUAUCCGUUCCGUUCCCAGACUAAAACCCUUUCCUGGUGGUAAGCCUGAACACAGACAUUGCCUUAGCCCCUUGCUAGAGUGUAGGGCAGGGGUUAAGAAAAUCUGUCUGUCUGUUACUGCCAUUGAACAAAAGUUGAUGUCUGUACGUGUAGGAUUUUUUUUUUUCUAUUUCAAAGAUGUGAAUUUAAUGAAGUGUGGGAGCCAGUUAAGUUAUUUUCUGUAGUAGGUGUUCUGGGUCCUGCCACUCUCUGCUUCCUUGUAAGGGCAGCAUUUGCCAGCUUCAGCGUGGACUGUGGAGCUGAGCUACAUUCGAUUUCUACUUGACUCAGGGGACCAGCUCUGCAGACUCCAUUGCGUGAAGACGGUGAAUGUUUGUCUUGAUUUUUGAAUGUAUUUUUUAAAAUGUCUUCUUAAAACAUGUGUUGUUUAACGAUGUGGGUUUGUUUUCUGUUCCUAGCAUGAUAGCAAAUAUUUCCUAGUAUCCGUCCACUACCCCAUGUAGUUUGUAUUCUGCCCUACAGGUCAUGCCAAAAAGUGAAUAAAAGUUUAAAUGCCAAAAUGUUUAUGAAAACUG